AUGCUGAACUGGAAAGUUGUCAAAUCGCCAAUCUUCUGUGUUAAUUCAUUUGCUGCCAUAGCUUUUGUCAUCUACGCAGGUAGCCUCAUCUUUAAUCAUUCUGCAAACCUUGUAGAUAUUACAGCUUGUAGGACUUACAAAGCACCACAUAAUCCAAGUGAUGUUUCUGAAGCACAACAGAUUGCUGCUAAAGCACCCGAACAGAUUAAAGAAAAUACCACGGGUUCCACGCCAUUGCUUAAUAAGCAAGCUACGAGUGAAGAAGAAGAAGACAGUGAGAAACCUGAUCCUAUGGUUCCUCCUCCAAAUUUGAGAGGAGAAGAGAAAAGGAAAUGGAUCCGAAAAACAGUCCCGGAACUUGAAAUUCUCAAAUCAAACGACUCGGGUCAGAGAUUUAAUGGUCGAGUUAUGGAAUUCUUUAACCAACAGUGUACAAUUCAAUUCUUCAUGAUUUGGUUUUCACCAGCAGGGAAGUUUGGACCCAGAGAAUUUUUGAGCGUAGACUCUCUGUUGAAGUCCAACCCUCAAGCAUGCUUGAUGAUUUUAUCAAAAUCUCUAGACACAAUACGCGGCUACAAAAUCCUGAAACCAUUCCUUGAUCGUGAGCUUAAAGUUUUUGCAGUCACAACAGAUGUGCCUUUUUUGGUCAAGAACACGCCGGCCGAAGUUUGGCUUGAAGACAUAAAGAGUGGAAAAUUGGAUCCUGGUACUAUUUCUUUUACCAUUCAUCUUUCUGAUCUGGUUAGGAUGGCUAUAUUGUACAAGUAUGGGGGAGUUUACUUGGAUACAGAUUUCCUAGUUUUGAAAAAUUUUGAAGGGUUGAGGAAUGCAAUUGGAGUGCAAAUUAUAGAUAGAGCGUCUAAGAAUUGGAAGUCAGUGAAUAAUGCAUUACAGAUCUUUGACAUUUGGCAUCCAAUGUUAUUCCAAUUCAUAAAGGAAUAUGCCACAAAUUUUAAACCAAACAUUUGGGGGGAAAAUGGACCAUACUUGCUUUCCAGAAUUAUUAAGAGACUGGACGCAGGACGCUCACCAGUUUACAACAUUAGUGUUUUGCCAAGAAAGGCGUUUUAUCCAGUAGAUUGGCUUCAUAUAUCCAGGCUGUAUAAGAAGCCCACGACGGAAGAAGAAUCAAAAUGGGCGGAAGAGACGGUGGCUGAGUUAAGCAGAGAGAGUUAUGCGAUACACCUGUGGAACCAAAUAUCAAGGCCAUUAGUGAUUGAAGAGGGAAGUGUUAUAGAAAGAUUAAUUGCAUCUCACUGUUUGAUUUGUCAAAAAGUCUUAUAA